AUGAAUAUAAACGAAGAAAAGUGGUCAAUUCAAGAGCAACAACCACCACAAUUUCCUCCUUUUUCUCAUUAUUCCCAUCUUAGUAUGGCUUCACAAAUGAGUGGCAUUCCAAGCGAAAAUUUUAUAUCAAAUUAUUACGAUGGUCAACCGCCACAAAUACCAGUUCACGAAGGAAACCAUCAAAUGUAUAUGAAUCCGCCCAAACAAGAGAUGGACGUUCCACAAAGGCCGUACCAAGGUUAUGUGAACGCAUCAGUUCCACGACCAAAUGGCACAAAUCCAAAUAACACACCGUCAACUCCGAGUUCAGUACCUGAUCGUAAAAGAAUUGAUGGUCAUCCACCACCUUUUACAACAUCAUCUUUUCCUUCUACGCCAUAUAAUAGUGCUACUCGAAAGAGAAGAUCGGAUACUUUGGGUUUCCCUGGGGAUGCUGGUCCAUUCUUCUCCGCCACGAAACAACAUUUUAACCUUUAUAGCAUGGAUCGUGCCAAUAGUUACAAACUUCACAUAAACUCAAAAGUUGACCGUGGAUUUUUCCUUGCGGAUAGUGAUUGGACUUGCUACCGAAGGAAUUAUUUCCAAAUCAGUAGUGCAUUCUCAAUUACUCUAAAUGGGACAACGCAUCCACUGAAUGAAUCCGAAGUACCUUGCCUAAUUGAAGUCGAAGGUCAAUUCCACACAGUAACACAAUUCUUACUUGGAAUCACUGCUCGUGUGUCUAAUAGUGAUAAGAAGAUUGAAUUGGUUCAACACACUCCAAAACGUGAUAAAGGUCCUCAGAUGGUCCCAAUACCAAAAACAAUUAGAGCCGGCGGAAAUCUUAAUCUUAGCUCAGUCGGAUCAAACUCAAAUAUUGUUACAUUUGAACGUAUUCAAUUCAAGACGGCCACCGCUAAUAAUGGCAAACGUCGGGCUGCUCAACAAUAUUAUGUAGUAUUAGUAGAUCUAUACGCACAAGUAGAGAGUGGUGAGACUCACCGAGUGGCAACUUCUACCUCGGCUGCAUUAGUUGUACGUGGUCGCUCUCCAGGACAUUACGCUGAUAAUCAUGAGCGUUAUAACCCUAUGGGAAUGAACCCUGCUUUCCCAAAUGAUCGUCAUAUCGGAUUUCAUAAUCCACCAAAUAACGGUGCACCAGGAGUGAUGCCAGGUGAAUAUGGUGGUUCACCUUUCACUCCAUAUGGCUCUUAUCCACAAUUCACUAGUUUUCCACCUGUGAACAAUCCAAAUCCGAUGCGAAAUGAGGCGUUAUCAUUAAUAAUGAGCAGUACACCAAAUACGCCAACUACACCUUUCCAUUCUCAACACUCGCACCAACCUUAUAUGGUGCCAAAUAUCAAUGAUGCAUCUGAAUCAUCAAACCCUGAUAUGUAUCACAAUCCAAAUAUAGAUCACAGCUCGCACGAUCAAAAAAUUCAGCACAUACCGCCUCACCAUCAACAUCAUCAAAACCAAGUUGGUAUGGAAAUGCAUAACGUGGAAGCUAAUUCCGCCCAUAAUUCCGCCUUCUCAUCAUAUGAGUCACGGCAUUUGCCAACGGGCGCGAAUUCAAAUAAUUCUUCAUCUGCAAAACAAUUUAUGAAGAUUCAAAUUCCACAAUCAUCUUCCGAUAUACCAGACCAUCCUUUAACUUCGCCCGGAUUCCAUUCUCAAGAAUACGUCGAAGGGUUCCAAAUGUAUAACGGUCAUAUCCCAAAUAACUCUUCUCACCAUCACGGUGGAUACCAUUCCGAUAAUGAACAGCAUCACUCUAAUGGAUAUCAACGUAACAGCCGAGGCUCACCAAAUUUGCCGGCCACCGGACGAUCCGAUAGUGUAUCUGGUCCAACAUCAUCGCAAUCUAACGGGCACCACUCAUCUACAAGUCCGAACAGCAGUGAUCACAAGAAUGGAUCGAGUAAUCCAACUGGCUCGAAUGGUCGACUUGAUCAUCAUGGAUCGAAAUCACCUCCAUCAAAUUCGAGUAGCACAAAUUCUACGCCAACUUCGGAGUUGGGUAAAAGUCUUGGACAUCUUAAUAUGAAUUUCCGUAUGGGCAAAUUGGAAGAAUCCGAAAAACUAUAA